AUGCGCGUCCUCUCUUUUCUCUAUGUCCAGAAUUACAAAGAGACCGGUCAUAUUGUGGACCUCAAGCUUGAAACGACUGCAACAGACACCUCACAGGACACAUUGUCACUUGCCCCCUUGGAAGUCCUGAACAACAUCGACGUCUACAUUGCAGCCGACAAGUUUGGAAUUCCCAGCUUGAAAAGGUACUCAGGGGCAAAAAUAAGGAACUGGUUGAGAGCACAUGCCGGCAUGAAGUCCAGCGGACUCAUGACCGUAGCGAACAAGAUCCUGGACUGUGGCCCUUCGUAA